AUGGCCGAAUCUGAACAAGUUCAAGUCAAAUUAGUUUUAGUUGGUGAUGGUGGUGUUGGUAAAACCACCUUCGUUAAACGUCAUCUUAACGGUGAAUUCGAAUCAAGAUAUAUCCCAACUCUUGGUGUCUCAGUCCAACCAUUAUCAUUCUACACCAAUUUUGGUAAAAUUGUUUUCAAUGUCUGGGAUACUGCCGGUCAAGAAAAAUUCGGUGGUCUUAGAGACGGUUAUUAUAUUCAAGGUCAAUGUGCCAUUAUUAUGUUUGAUGUUACUUCACGUAUGUCAUACAAACACGUUCCAAACUGGUACAGUGAUUUAGAAAGAGUUUGUGAAAACAUCCCAAUUGUUUUAUGUGGUAACAAAGUCGAUAUUAAAGAUCGUAAAGUCAAACCAUCACAAAUCAACUUCCAUCGUAGAUACAAUUUAUCAUACUAUGAUGUCUCUGCCAAAUCAAAUUACAACUUUGAAAAACCAUUCAUCUGGUUAGCCUCAAAACUCCUCGGUAACAAGAGUGUUCAUCUCGUCCAACAACCAACCCUCAAACCAGCUGAAGUUCCAUUAGAUGCUGGUUUAAUGCAACAAUACGAAACUGAAGUCCAAACUGCUGCUGCUGUUCCACUCCCACCAGAUGACAAUGAAGAUUUAUAA